AUGGGCUGCGGCCAAACGCCUGCUGCCGUGCGUGCGGUUCGCGUCAUUGGCCCGCAACAAUGGAUCGAGCUCGAGUGCUCCGAGAUAAAGGCGGAGGACGACACUGGCUGCAAGGACGCUGGCUCCAAGUGCCCGAGGGCCAGCCCAGCCCCCCCAGCCUUCUUGGGCUGGCGGUGCCUUGCUUUUGGGGUGGUAUCCGUUGUCCCCAUUCGGCAAGGCAUAGACUUGGACGAGUGCGAGCUGGUGGGCGCGAGCGGCGGAGUUGCAUCCGGAUUGAGUGCGAGGUCGGCCGGCCGCCCUCACUUCUUGGACUGA